CCGGGUCCCGGCCUCCACCGCCGCCUUGAGGCGCGCUGAGCGCUGGCCGCAGUUGGCAGGCGCAUGUGGGGGCGCACGGCGCGGCGGCGCUGCCCGCGGGGACUGCGGCGCGGCCGGGAGGCGCUGUUGGUGUUCCUGGCGCUGCUGGUGUUGGCCGGGCUGGGCUGGGUGCUGCGGGCGCAGCGCGGGGCCAGGGCCGGGGCCGGGGCCGGGGCUGCCGAUCCGGGACCCCCGCGCACCCUGCGCCCCGGGCGGCGCGAGCCGGUCCUGCCGCGGCCGCCGGUGCCCGCGAACGCGCUGGGCGCGCGGGGCGAGGCGGUGCGGCUGCAGCUGCAGGGCGAGGAGCUGCGGCUGCAGGAGGAGAGCGUGCGGCUGCACCAGAUUAACAUCUACCUCAGCGACCGCAUCUCACUGCACCGCCGCCUGCCCGAGCGCUGGAACCCGCUGUGCAAAGAGAAGAAAUAUGAUUAUGAUAAUUUGCCCAGGACAUCUGUUAUCAUAGCAUUUUAUAAUGAAGCCUGGUCAACUCUCCUUCGGACAGUUUACAGUGUCCUUGAGACAUCCCCGGAUAUCCUGCUAGAAGAAGUGAUCCUUGUAGAUGACUACAGUGAUAGAGAGCACCUAAAGGAGCGCUUGGCCAAUGAGCUUUCGGGACUGCCCAAGGUGCGCCUGAUCCGCGCCAACAAGAGAGAGGGCCUGGUGCGAGCCCGGCUGCUGGGGGCAUCUGCGGCGAGGGGCGAUGUUCUGACCUUCCUGGACUGUCACUGUGAGUGCCACGAAGGGUGGCUGGAGCCGCUGCUGCAGAGGAUCCAUGAAGAGGAGUCGGCAGUGGUGUGCCCGGUGAUUGAUGUGAUCGACUGGAACACCUUCGAAUACCUGGGGAACUCUGGGGAGCCCCAGAUCGGCGGUUUCGACUGGAGGCUGGUGUUCACGUGGCACGUGGUUCCCGAGAGGGAGAGGAUACGGAUGCGAUCCCCCGUUGAUGUCAUCAGGUCUCCAACAAUGGCCGGUGGACUGUUUGCUGUGAGUAAGAAAUAUUUUGAAUAUCUGGGGUCUUAUGAUACAGGAAUGGAAGUUUGGGGAGGAGAAAACCUCGAAUUUUCCUUUAGGAUCUGGCAAUGUGGUGGGGUUCUGGAAACACACCCAUGUUCCCAUGUUGGCCAUGUUUUCCCCAAGCAAGCUCCCUACUCCCGCAACAAGGCUCUGGCCAACAGUGUUCGUGCAGCUGAAGUAUGGAUGGAUGAAUUUAAAGAGCUCUACUACCAUCGCAACCCCCGUGCCCGCUUGGAACCUUUUGGGGAUGUGACAGAGAGGAAGCAGCUCCGGGCCAAGCUCCAGUGUAAGGACUUCAAGUGGUUCUUGGAGACUGUGUAUCCAGAACUGCAUGUGCCUGAAGACAGGCCUGGCUUCUUCGGGAUGCUCCAGAACAAAGGACUAACAGACUACUGCUUUGACUAUAACCCUCCCGAUGAAAACCAGAUCAUGGGACACCAGGUCAUUCUGUACCUCUGUCAUGGGAUGGGCCAGAAUCAGUUUUUCGAAUACACGUCCCAGAAAGAAAUACGCUAUAACACCCACCAGCCUGAGGGCUGCAUUGCUGUGGAAGCAGGAAUGGAUACCCUGAUCAUGCAUCUCUGCGAAGAAACUGCCCCAGAGAAUCAGAAGUUCAUCUUGCAGGAGGAUGGUUCUUUAUUUCACGAACAGUCCAAGAAAUGUGUCCAGGCUGCGAGGAAGGAGUCGAGUGACAGUUUCAUUCCACUCUUACGAGACUGCACCAACUCGGAUCAUCAGAAAUGGUUCUUCAAGGAGCGCAUGUUAUGAAGCCUCCUGUAUCAAGGAGCCCAUCGAAGUAGACUGUGGAGCCAGGACUCUGCCCAACAAAGACUUAGUCACUAAGCAGUGACCAGAGUCCACCAAAAACUAGGCUGCUUUGCUUUGAAGAGGCAAUCAUUUUGCCAUUUGUGAAAGUUGUGUUGGAUUUAGUAAAAAUGUGAAAAAGCUUUGUACUCAUUUUGAGAACUUUUUGAAUGUUCCAAAAUACCCUAUUUUCAAAGAUGUUAACCCUUGGUAUUUAGAAAAUUAAAACCUUAUAAUAUUUUUCUAUCAAGAUGUAUAUUUUACAGUCGUGCCUUUUACUCUCAUUAGAAAAAAAGGUAAAGAUUUUAUUUUGAUAUUUACAAGAAUUCCCAGGUAUGAAGAUAUCUGCAUGGGUGGAAAUCAGGUUCAAGCAACGUACUUUUCAUUAACUGAUAAUACCUCAGCUGUGGGGUUAAAGUUUUCCCAGUAUAGAGAGACUGUCACUAGGAACAUUGUAUUGAUUUAUUCAGGUCAUUGAGAUCUUCUAGAUGUAUUUUAAAAAGAAUGCUUUUCGGUUAUGUGUUGCUACCACAGUUAACACUCCAUAAUGUUCAUGUCAGCCAAAGAGGACUAACCAAAGCUGAAAUCUCAGAGAACAAUUUGCUUUACUAAGUUGAGUCAACUUGAGAGCGAACUUCUAACAAUACCUCACUGUAGUGUGGCUGGUUGCCUUUAGCAACUACCACUAUGACUUUAAAACAUGUUUAUAUCAUUUUUAAUUUUUAUGAUAUGGUAGUGUCAGGGAGAAAUGUAAUGUUCCAUAUGAAAUUCCUUUUUCAAGUUUGUUCAUUAAUAACAUUUAUUAAUUUAAAUCAGCGUUAGAGUUUGUGCUGCCACAACUGCUGUGAAAAUUUCUCUGAGUAAUUCUGAUUUGUGAAUGAUCCCAGACCAACCCUGAGAUUGUCUCAACCUGAUUAAGUCAAUAUGAAUGAUUAAAAAGAUGUGAGAACACUGA